AUGUCGCGCUGGAGCGCUCGUGCCCUGUCACGCCUCGCCGUUGGGCUGCAAUGGGAGUCGCGCGGCGUGUGGACACCCGUUGGGUCGGCAAUCCUCGGUGGUCCCUGCAGUCCAGCAGCUCCCUUCACCUCUUUGAGGAGCUUCUCUGCAGAUCCCCAGACAGGAAGUCGGCCUUCUGGUGGCUUUGUCAACCAGAGAGAAGUGGAAAAGUUCCAGAAGAUGGCGGGGCAGUGGUGGGAUCCGAGCGGGCCCCUCGGACCCUUGCACGAUCUGAACCCCACGCGUUGCAAGUUCAUCAGGGAGGCGUUGUGCUGGCAUUACGCUAGGGACCCCUACCACCCCCAGCCACUGUCAGGAAUUUCAAUUCUGGAUGUGGGGUGCGGCGGAGGCCUGCUUUCUGAGCCAUUGGCAAGAAUGGGAGCCACCGUGACAGGAAUCGACGUCGUGGCAGAUGCCGUGGAGGCUGCCAAGAUACAUGCUGCAGGAGAUGCUGCCAUCAGCUCCAGACUGAAGUUUCGUGCCGUGUCUGUCGACGACCUGCAAACAGAGGGCGCAAAAUUCGAUGUGGUGAUCGCAUCGGAGGUCAUCGAACAUGUGAAACACCCAAAAGACUUUAUCUCAACACUGUCUGGCCUCUUGCCAGAGCAGGGCAUGCUCAUCAUGUCCACUCUGAACCGUACGCUACGUUCAUACUGUUUGGCCAUUGUGGGCGCUGAGUAUAUGCUGGGCAUGGUCCCGAGGGGCACACAUGACUGGGCAAAGUUCAUCACGCCCCAGGAGCUGAUCAUGGCGACAGAGGAUACACCGCUGCAGGUCGCCCAGCUGUCAGGAAUGGUCCUGGAUCCCCUCAGGGGAAGGUGGUCGCUGCAGCAAGAUACAUCUGUGAACUACAUUGCUGCUUUUGUGCAUGGGAGCAUUGCUGAACAUAUGAAGGUUCAGGCAGUCUGA